CACGGUUCCUCUUGACCUUGAAGUCAUACACCCACCAGCCUUAUCUCAACGGCCUUUCAUCCCCAGAAAUAGACACCUUCAUCUAUAAUUACCAAAGGAAACAUGGCAAGACGUGAUCCGGAGCGCAUCGAUGCCUGGAUCCUAGGCAGCGGGGUCGCAUCGCUCACAGCCGCAGUGCAUCUCAUCCAGGAAGUUCAUGUGCCACCUUCCCGUAUACACAUAAUCGAGUCUCUUAGUGUCCCAGGCGGCGCAACCGCAAGUCAUGGCGAUGCAGAGAAUGGCUAUGACCUUCGCAUACAGCCACAAUACAACGGUGUGUGCAUGGAUGCCACGCUGUCGCUAGUCCCCUCGACAUCUGAUCCCAGCCGCUCAGUGCGCGAUGAGAUCCUCGAGUUUGCGACAUCACUGGAAAUCCAACCGCCGCGCACAAUGUUUCUGGGUCACAAGUCUAAUGGGGUCGGUCGCGUCGAUGCGAAGAAGAUGGCGCUGGGCUUGCGCGACCGAAUUGAUCUGUUCACGCUGGCAUCCAAGUCGGAGAAGACGCUGGGGAGGGCCCCCAUUUGCGACUUCGUUAAUGAGAGAUUCUUUCGAAGUGCAUACUGGUUGGCGCUUGCUGCAAGCUUCGGCCUCAAACCCUCACACUCCGCUGCCGAAUUCCGCCGGUACCUGCAUCGCUUCAGCAAUCUGCACGACCUCCAGCAACCUUACCUCCUUGAUCUAGGUAAAUACAGCGUGCAUGAGUCUAUCAUAGUCCCCGUCGUUCAGUUCCUCAUGUCCAGAGGUGUGGACUUCCGCCUCAACACCACCAUCUGCGACAUCUCCUUUGCGAAAGAUAACCCUAACAAACCCAACGACCCAACACGCAUUACCGCAAUACAAACCUCUCCAGUCCGCGAGCCAUGCUGCUCUGUCUCCUCAAAGGACCAAAAGACAAUACAAGUCAGUCCAGACGACAUCGUUAUCGUCUCACUAGGCUCCAUCUUCUCCACCCUCCUCCCAGGAACAAACACCCACCCCCCUCCAUCCCUCCACCUCGACCCAACAACAAUCACCGACCCCGAAACCUCCAUGGACGCAGAUACAGAACUCGACGAAAACUGGCUUCUCUGGCUCGAGCUCAGCACCAAGCACCCCAACUUCGGCAACGCCUACAACUUCUGCACAAGACUGCACUCCUCCCGCCUCGAAUCCUUCACCAUCACCUUAUCCUCCACCGAACUCUUCUCCCGCCUCACCGAAACAAUAGCCCAAACCCCAGGCCCUAAUACCCUGCUAACCCUCCGCGACUCCCCCUGGCUCGUCACCCUGCACAUCCCCCACCAACCCGUCCUCCCAGACCAACCACCCCACAUCCAAGUCUGCUGGGGCUACGCCCUCGCCCCCGAGCGCAGCGGGACACACAUCCAAAAGCCAAUGAUCGACUGCUCGGGUCAAGAAAUCCUGUCCGAGAUCCUCUCGCAGCUGGGAUACCCGCUUGAGUCGAUCCUCAAGAAGGCGGUUACGAUUCCCUGCAUUCAGCCGCGUGGGGCGGCGACUCUGCUCCCCAGGAUCCCGAACGAUCGGCCGGCUGUUAUACCGGAGGGGAUGCGGAACAUGGCUGUGAUAGGGCCGUUUGUGGAGAUUGCAGAUGAGGCGGUUACGACGGAUUAUAGUGUGAGGGGUGCGCAGAUUGCGGUCAGGGAGUUGAUGGGUGUGGGCACUGUCGUAGGGUAAGAAGGGGUUUUCGGCCUCUGAUUGUAUGAUUAUGUGUCGUAUGGUUAAAAAAAUGAAUAUUUUCAGCGUGGGUGGGCUAGACUCACAGUAUCAAUGAGUCUCGAUUCAUACAUGAGCUUCAGGUCCAGACAAUAUAAAGAAAUCCCCGGCAAUACCCGUUUCAUUCAUGGUUACUACAAUGAAUAAUAGUGCACUGGA